GCACACCCUCUCAGGCAACACCAGUUUAUCUUCCUGCCACCUCACCUUGCCUGGCCUUGCCCAACGUCUCGGUGCUCCCUGGGCUGGGGGCGCUGUGCUGGUCGGGGAACUUCCCGGGGGGUUCGGAGCGAACGUAGCCUUGGCCCAGGUGGGCAGCCCGGGAGCAGCUCUGCAACAGCCGCAGCCUAACUGGGCAGCGGGAAGGGCACUGCCUUCCCCCAGGACUCGCAGGGCGGGGGCCGAUCUGUUCGUGCCCAGCUCUAAGAUGAGAGUGUCGCACCAGUUGAUCACAGGAUUAUAGGUGCAGAACUGGAGGGACCUAGUCCAAACCCUUCAUUUUACAGAUAAGCGUGUUCCUCUAUUAAAAGCACAUUUGACUAAUGAGUGUGGUGAUUGAAUUACCCAUGAAACUGGAGGAGGAAACCUUUGGAGGGGAAGAUGACAUGAUAGAUGGAGAUCUAGGAAAUGGACUUGGCAGAAAACCUGGUGGUAUUUAUGAAAUGGAAGAUUCAAAUGCAUCUAUUUCCAGAAAAGGAUCCUUUCCUUCAUCUCCAGAAAAGGGGAAAGAAAGCAGCAGUGCCAUUUUUCGUUAUAUCAAGCAUCAUAAUUCACAUGGUACAUUUUCCGAAAAGCAUGGAUUUGCAAGUUCUAAACAACAAAUUAGUACCGAUUUUACUGAUUCAAAAUUAUCAAGUGAAGAAUUAAGGCAAUGGCUUCAUGAUGUUUUACAGGAAGUAGAGGUUCUACGAAUUGAGCUUGAAGCAUCACAAAGACAACUUGAGGGGAAAAGGGAAGCACUGAAAAUUCUCCAAAGCAUGGCAAUAUUUGGUAAAGCUACUAGCCAUACCAAAGAAAUACUUCAAAAAUCAGAAGAACAGAAGAAAUCUUUGGAAAAGGAAAUAAAUGCCCUGCAGUGGGAAAUUGAAUUUGAUCAUGAUAGAUUUAAAACUGCAGAGGAAUCUUGGGCCCAAAAAUAUGACAGAAUAUACCGUGAAAAUUCAAUCCUAAAGGAAACUUUGAAAUUAAGAACAGAAGAAGUAAUAAGGCUUAAGUCUGAAAAUUUAACUUUGAAUCAGCAGUGCCUGGAGUUUGUUGCAAUGCUUGAUGUGAAACAGCAGAAGCUUGUUCAGGAAAGCAUGUGUCUUAAAGGUGGCUCCACAGAGGUUACAGGUCUGGAACUGGCAGUACUUGGUGCUUGCAUCUGUCACCAUCCCGGAGGACAACCUUGUUCCUGUGCUAGGAAGGCUGUGACUGCUAGAAAACAGCUGCUACAGCUGAAGCAAGAGUUAGAAAUCUUAAGGAAGAGUAAAGAAGAAGCUUAUAUAAUGGCAGAUGCAUUCAGGAUUGCAUUUGAGCAACAAUUAAUGAGAAGAAAUGAGCAGACUCUGAGAUUGACACAAAUGAAUAAAAUUUGUAAAAAACCAGCCAAAUGGCUAAACUGGAAACAUCUUAAGAAUGAUGGAUUUGUGUUACAAAAGAAGAACUUUGGACAGAAGCUAAUAGAUAUACUUGAAGCCAAUUCUAAGAAAAUAGAAGAGCUGGAUAAUCCUCAGGAAAUCUUUAGGAUCCUGAUAGAUUUGUUAAAUGAUAAAGAAGAAGCUUUAGCUCAUCAGAGAAAAGUUAGUUACAUGCUUGCUCGGGAACUGGAAGAAAAAGGUGCUGUAAAGAAUAAAGACCAUGAACCUGUGAAGGAAGAUUCUCCAUCUGAAAACCACUCACCCCAAACUUCAGAUCCUCCUAGUUUGUUUGAUCCUGUAUGUUCAAAUUUCCACAUUCUUAACUCUAGGAAUUGUAUUUGUUCAGUCUCUGACCACAAAAUAGAAGAGACUUCCACAAGAACACUUCAAAAAUCACAUUCCUUGCCAUCAAGCAUGAGGUUUUUUUGAAGAAAAUCAGGUUGAAGAAACAGAUGAAAUUAGAAUUGAAAGUGGUUUGUAACACCAUUUAAGAAAAUAAGAUUUUGUGCCUCUUACUGUGUCAUGAGAAGUUUUGCACCUAUGUUGCACUGAGCCUUCCUAAUUUUAAAAUAAUAAUUUGACCAAACUUUAUGAGAACAAUGUAUUUUUCUACAAUUUAAUAUUGUGAUGAAAUAUGUGCUUUAAAAUAUUUUUAGUAUGGCAUUUCAUUUAGUGUGUAUUUGUUAACAUACUGAAACCAAAUACAUAAAAUGAUUUAGGAAGAAAAUAGAAACAUAAUUAUUCAAUUAGGCUACAUAAUAGGACCCUGGGUUGGCUAAAGGAGCAUGGAACAACUUUAAAAUGCUGCUCUGUGUAACUAUGGCAUAUAGCCAAUCCUUCCAAUGGAACACAUUAACUAUUAGCUACUGAAGCAGUUUUUAAUCUUGGCUUUUUCACUGAACUAUUUGAUGUAAAAAGUUAAGAAUGAAAAGUUCUAUUUUGUUAAUUUUAGCCCAGAAUUUCACAGGAUGAAAUUUUGCCUUUGUUCGUUUCUUUGGAUAGAGUUUGUAAGGAAUUUAUUGCCUUUUACUUCAUAGGAUUACAGGUUUAGCUCUGGAGGGGUCCUCAGAAAUCAUCUAGUCUAACUUCCUUCUUUUAUACAUGAGGAAAUGAGCGCAGAAAGGAAUCAUACAGGGAGGAGCAGAACUCAGAUCUGUACUCAGGUCUUCAGACUCAAAUCCACCAUUCUUUCUAUUGUAUCGCUGCCUCUUAAUGAUCGAUUUGGAGAUAUUAUGUAACUCAGUGGCUCAAGCAAAAUAGGUACUCCCAAGUCCUUGUAGCUUAGGGAGUGUUUUAUACUGUCAUUAUAAGAAGUGGAAGUCAGAUUUUCACCUAAUUCUAAUCUUUGGUGAAAAGGCAAGUGAAAAAGUGCUUGUAUAGAAGAGAUUGCACUGCAGCCUUGAAGUUAAAGGAUUUAUGCAAUAAGACAUAUUUGUGAAAGAGGAUGAAGUAAUAAUAACUGAACUAACAUUAAUAGAGCUAAGUACUUUUUUUCCCCUAUGGCAAAGUUUUUCAGGCCUCAGAAACUUUCAUCGCUGGAUAUCAGUUUUUCAGGUUAUAAUUUUUUAAACCAAUAAAUUACCAUGUUAGAUAAGAUCAAUUUUAGGUACAGACAGACUUCAGGAGAUAGUGGAGGAUAGAAGGCCUGGCAUGCUAUAGUCCACAGGGUCACGAAGAGUUGGACACAACUAAAUGAUGGAACAAAAACAACAAAAGGGAAUCUGGAAAAUUGUGUUAAUAUUUAUAUAAUUUGCUAUUGAAGGAAGAGCACUUAGUAUGAAGUUGAGGGAGUCAAGAAACUGAAUUCCAUAUAGAGAUGCGCCUUUGAAUAUAAAACAGUUAUUUGACAUUUUUAUAUCUGAUUCCUGAUCUGAAUAGUACAAACAAGCUGCAUUAGGGUCUUGUGACAUCUUACCUCACCAGCAUUAUGAGGACUGUGAGGUAGUAUUUGUAAAAAUUUUUUGAGUUCUUCAGAGAAAGACACAAUUAAAUUUUUAGUAAAAGAAUAAUAUUUGACUUAAGAUCAAUAAACAUAUGUGCUCAUUUCUAUGUGCGCAAUCACAUAGUUUCAAACCAAUUUGCUCAAUAAAUAUAUAAACAAACAUUGAAGGUAUUCUAUCUAAAAACAAAACUUUGCUUUGCUUCUGUGCUAUCUUCUAGUAAUUUGACUUUUGGAGGGAGUUCUUUGCCAUUUUUAGUUAUUUUUCAUUCACUUUUGCAUUUUUUACUGCCCAUUAAAAAUAUGAAUCUGGCUGAUAUCCUAUAUCCUGCUUAUAUAACCAUUUGCCUUUGAUCAUUUAUGGCUUCAGUUAGUAUCUUGUCUGUGUAUUUCUGAAAACUUGUUUAGGCUUAUACUAAAGGCUAGAAGUAAUCUUUUAGUUUUUCUUUCUGUUUCUAAAAGUCUAGAUUAUCAUUGAGAGUUGUUUAUGUAUGUACCCAUUUCGAAUAUAACAUGACCCAUUUGUACCAUAUAUUGGUAUAGGCCAAUGCUAAUAAGUACAUUUUAGAUUCAUUUAUAUCAGGCUUUUACUGAUAAAUAUUGUUUUGUUCUGGAGCUUAUUUGCUCUGAGCCUUAGCUGAAUUUGGUAAUCACAACGUGUAUCAUCUUGGGGUUCAAGCCAAUAUCCUUCUUUUUGUCUUUAUUUAAAG